AUGUUCGAUUACUCAUGCCUGAAGAGUAAUGUACUCCAACAGAAGUGCUCGCAUAGAAAGAGAGCGCUGGGACGUCAGGAACUUGCGCCAAGCGUGAGGGAACCACAUGUUUCAAAUCUGGUCUGCAACUCGUUACAUAAUCAACUUGUCCUCGGUUCCCAUGCAAUGCACUGCUGCAUAGGGCGGAGUAAACUGUACAGCUCUGAGACAUACCUUAACCUCCGGAUCGAAUCUACGAAGACACGCGAACGUGCUUCUGGCAAAGAAAAGAAUGGCAUCCUCACGUGGGGCUCUGUAGGGUCCAGAUGGGAAAAACCUCCGCGUAUAGUCGGGAGGACCAACGGCUUCGUGUGGUACAUCGGAAAGACCUUCGGAAUUACGAAGAGCGUCGCAUUGUUCAGCUGCCAGUUCCUUCUUCACCGUAAGAAAGAGGGACUAAAACGGCUGCUGUCGACGUUGGACGCCGCGCGAAAAGAGGAGCGCAGAGCGCUCAAGAAAGACGAUGCGGUUGCCGUACUGUAA